AUGAAGCCGCCACUUAUCCGUGUCGAAGACGGUGAUAGCACGGAGCCCGUUUUGACCUUACGAUACACCUCCGGCGAGAAUGAUCUUGAGGUCAAGAUCAUCUACGCUGACAUAAACAGUCUUCUCGACCAUCCAGGCCGAGCCCGCCUCGAUCAGAGGCGCAAAAUCAUCCCAUGCAGCGACGCCUUCCUUGACACCUUCUGGUCAGCUGCGGCCUCUCUCCUCGACUAUUUCGCCGACUUCUACGCAACCGACACAGCACUGAUGCAGAGUAUAUGGUUCCACCUCCUCGACAUCUGGCAAAAAGCCUCCCCUCUCCCACUCUACCACAUCGAUUUCGACUUCUGCUACUCAACGCCCGCCCAACUGUUUGAGAAAGACUACAAAGACACCAUCGCCCUGAUCCACAGACUCAUCUCCCCAAAGUCCCGCGCGUGUCCAGACAACCACAACGACUCACUCAUUCACGAUCCCAGCGGCACCGUCGAGGGCCUCACGGGCAGCUACGAAACAGGCCCCUUCAUCUCCGGGCUCGCGCCAUGGCAGCAGUUUCUCUACUCCGGCGCCCCGGGCUUCAAACCCGUUUCUCCAGAGCAAAACGACGCACGAGAAGCAGACGAAGGCAACACGCGCUACACCCCCCAACCAGCCAUCGCACUCAUCCAAGCACACACGGCCCGCGCCCGCGCCCUCGCCGUCAGAGUCGCAGAAAUAGAGGACUGGGAUCUACCAGCCACGCUCGCAGCUUUCGAUGCCAACGCGCUUGCGAUCCCCAACACCAUCACCCACCCACACACAUACGCCUCGCUCCUCCAUCCAGGAACGGGGAUGAGUUACCAGCUUCUGCAGGGCGCGCCGCCGGUGAGACGGCACGAAGGGCUCUCGGAUCCGAGCAUGAUGAUUGAUACCCCGGAUCUUGUGCUCUUGGACGAGGCGGUGGGGACGUGUAAGGGGAGGGAGGCCUAUGUGCCGAUGACGGGGCCUGUGGGGCAGGCUGGGGUAGGGUUUGAUGUUUGGGCUGUUACUGAGAGUGAGGAUGUGUUGGGCUGGGAGAACAGAAGUCAGAGUGAUGGGAGGUCUGGAGUGGCGGAGGGAGCGAGGGAGAUGUUUGAUGAGUGGUACUUUGGAGACGAGGGGGUGUGA